CAAGCUUGGCAGGGACAGAUGGAUGCCCAAGUUUGGGCCAGUGUUGGUAGACAUACUUGUGGUGAGUUGACGAUAAAGAGGCCAGAUGCCAGUGCAAAGGAGCAUCAAAAAGAACCUUCGUCCAACUUCCAGGGAGCUAAGUUCAAGUGGCCAGCCCGGGUUGUUUGCCCACCUGGUUCAGCCUGUUCAAAGAUUUUCCACGCCAUGAGCGGAUUGGCGCCAUUGUUGGCAGCCGCACCUGCAGGGUCUCGCUUUGGCCCUCACUUUGGAGACUUGCUGAACCAGCUUCGACAUGCAGGGCCCAAGCGGCUGAUGGUGAUCACUGACUUUGAUCAAACGUUGACAACAUACUUUGGAAAGGAUGGUCAGCUCGGGGACCAGUGCCACGACAUCAUCCUUCACCACCUGGAUCUUUCGGAGGUCUCCCCAGAGGUGGCCCAGACCCUGCGGGAGCUCAACGAGUGGAACCACAUCACCGAGUCCGAACGAAUGGCUCGCUGCGGGAAUGACCCGCUUCGCCGGAGCCAGGCCACGCGUCAAUGGUUCGAACGCUUCCACAAGCUGAGCUCUGAAGAGGGUCUGAAGCGAUUCGCCAAGCAUUGUGUGGCCAAAAGCAAUGUAAGGGCCAGGGAAAAGAUCCAAGAGACCUUCAAAUGGUUAGAGACGUGGGAUGUGCCAUUGCUGUUGGUAUCUGCUGGUCUUCGGGAAUUGUUGGUGCCUGUCCUCGAGAAUGCGGGCGCUCCACUUCCAUCAAAUCUCAGUCUUUUGGCGAACAGCUUGGAUGAAGCCACAGUGAGUGUGACUUCGAGGGAGAAGCAGUUAGCUCUCGAACGAGUGCCUGACUUCAAGCUGAGAGCUCAAGAUCGGAGUCACGUUUUGCUGUUGGGAGACAAACCAUCGGACUGCAGCCCGCUGGAGGGACUUCCUGAGAGUCCUGCCUUAAAGGUGGGAUUCCUUGGACAACCCUCAGAGGAUAGAUUUGAAGAGUAUUUGAAGUUUUUUUACGCAGUACUUGUUGGAGACGCAUCCAUGGAUUUUGUGAAUUGUUUACUAGACACCGUCAGCAGCACCUCUGUGAUGUAGAAAAA